CAUUGAUUGCAUUUGUGUCAUGCAGACAGACAGGCUUCAUCCCUUCGUCCUCCAUCUUCUACGGACACUGUCGUGAGCAAUGGGCUUAUUGGACUCCUUCAGACGCAAGCCCGUCAUGCUAGAACGACGUCGUUCGAGGAGCAGCAUGCGCUCAUCCUCCCCGCCCUCCGUCAAUCGUCUGUCGUCGGAUGGCCUCGCUUCCGUGCAGGAGCAAGAAGAGCCAGAACCCCGAGCAUCGCUCGAUACGCUCCACAUCACCUUGCCGCAUCAUAUCAUCCGCUCAAGAAGUCCUGAUCUCAAAGGCUCAGAAUAUGCACACUCGCACCGUCGUCCGCCGACGAUCAAGACAAUACGCACUGAGGAGCGCAGAGACGGCACCGUACACGAAGAGAUCAUCUCCGUCAUGCCGAGCGAUGCCAUUGCGGUCGGUCAGAUCACGCCACAUGUCGAGGGCGUCAAUACGAAGAAAGACGCCCGCUUCUGGGCGAUCAUCAUGUCCAUUAUGGUCUCCGUCUUUGUCUCGGCCAUCGAUCUGACAGCAAUCAGCACUGCUUUGCCAACCAUUGUGAGAGAUUUACAGUCUGACAACUACACUUGGGUCGGUUCUGCGUACGCUUUGUCGAGCACUGCCUUUAUCCCGUGGAUGGGCGGCUUAGCUCAGAUCUUCGGUCGAAGAGCUGCCUAUCUCACUGCCAUCUUUCUGUUCGCUGCUGGGUCGGCACUCUGUGGCGCGAGUCAGAACAUGACGAUGCUUAUCGCUGCUCGCACUUUACAAGGCGCCGGCGGCGGUGGCAUCCUCGCCAUCAGCGAGAUCCUCAUUGUCGAUCUAUCACCCCUGAGCGAACGAGGGAUCUUCUUCGCCAUCUUUGGAGCAGAAUGGGCGCUCGCUUCAGUCAUCUCGCCCGUCAUAGCUGGCUCCCUCGCAGAAAGGAAUUGGCGAUGGAUUUUCUACAUGAACAUACCGAUCUGCGGAUUUGCUGCGUUGCUAGUCAUCUGCUUCAUGAACCUUCGCAGACCAGCAGGCACAUUCCGCGAAAAGCUAUCGCGCGUAGAUUGGUUCGGCAAUCUUUGUAUCAUCGCCUCGACGUCGUCAUUCGUUGUAGGCCUGACCUUUGGCGGCGGUCAGUAUCCUUGGCGAUCAUAUCAGACGCUCUUACCGCUCGUGCUCGGUCUCGUGGGCAUCGUCAUCUCAAUCGGCAUCGAAAGAGCUUUCAUCAAGGAACCCGUCGUCCCAUUCAAGAUCCUGAGCAAUCUCACAUCUGCCAUUGGAUUCUUGGCCACAUUUCUGCACGCUAUCAUCACGCUCGCACUAGUCUACUACCUUCCAGUAUACUUCCAAUCCGCAAAAGGAUCUUCGCCUAUCCGGUCCGGCAUCCAGAUCUUCCCACUUUCAUUUACCGUCGCACCUUUUGCAAUUAUUACUGGCUUGCUCGUCAUGAUUCAAGGCAAAUACCGGUGGCUCAAUGUCAUUGGGUGGGCAUUAGCAGCUACAGGCGCAGGUGUCUUAUACCUACUCUCAUACGACGCUAGACCGGCGCUUUGGAUUGGACUGCCAUUGGUCGUUGGCGCAGGACUAGGGAUGCUUUACAGCGCUGUGACAUUCCCCGUCAUGUCACCACUACCGCCUUCUCUACAUGGACACGCAAUGUGCUUCAGCACUUACAUUCGAAACAUCGGACAGACCAUUGGCAUAGUCAUAGGAGGGACAGUCCUUUCUUCAAGGCUGCCCGUCACUUUGCCAGAAGCGUUCCUCGAUCAGCUUGUCCAGAACGGCGGCGGCGCAGCAGGCGACCUAGCGUAUGCAAGCAUACCCAUCAUCCCCACUCUUGUCGAGCCAUUGAAGUCACAAGUCCAGGACGCGUUCGCAAAAUCAAUCAGAGUGAUCUGGUUGUCAUGUGUACCUAUGGCCCUCAUCGGCGUGCUUGUCUCCUUCUUCAUUGUCGAUUACACGCUCUCACACGAGACUGACGAAAAUUGGGGCCGCGCUUCACCGACCAGUACAGCAUCAGAAAAUUCUAUGGAAAAGCAAUCCACGCAUUAACGACUGUUUGAGAUCUGUUGUAGACCUAUGGCUGUACCCGAGAAAUGCAUUGUCGUGUCUACUGAUA